GAGCGCAUGAGAGACAGGGUGUGAGAGGAAGGGAGACUGAGGGAGGAAGAGGAGGAUAUUUUUUUCAAGCAAAUCUGUUGCCAUGUUUAAUCCUAACACGAUGUUUUCCUAGAUGCAAUAAUGGGAGAGAGAAAUCUAUCUAUCAGAAAGCUCAAAAUACAUGGCCGGUCCAAUAUAGCAUGAAGCUUUCGGAAUGCGGAUUCGAGUCCGAACCUAUGCCACGGGCAAGGUGGAUGACAAAUCGUCGGUGUCUGGUAGCAGAUGGAGUCAACUUGACCAAGAAACAACGGAAGAUGAGUGGUGCUUUUUCUCUGUGCUUUCUUGUGUGUGCCGAUUUCUUAAAUUUAGCCGUCGGUUAUUUAACCGUCACCAUUGAGCCCCUCCCUCCCGUAGUCAUUGGAGACACAGUAACACUCAAGUGCAAUUUCAGGACGGAUGGCAACCUGCGAGAGAUUGUGUGGUUUCGGGUGAUAGAUGGUGGUGGUGCCAAGCAGAAGAUUUUCACCUACGAUGCCAUGUACAACACCAACUUCUCCCACAUGGAAGAUAACCGCAAACGAGAGGACUUGGUGUACCAGUCAACUGUCCGGCUACCAGAGGUCCAGAUGCAGGAUGAUGGGCCCUAUGAGUGUCACGUGGGGAUCUAUGACAGAGCGUCCAGUGACAAGGUCGUCCUAGCAUCUGGGAGUAUCAUGCUCCCCGUCAUGGUACCUCCCAAGUCCAUCUCUGUAGUGGCUGCAGACAGUCUAGCGCCAUUUAGUCGCUAUGAAGCCCAGAAUUUCACUCUGGUGUGCAUCGUAACUGGGGGGAAGCCAGCGCCUGUGGUAUACUUCAAACGGGACGGGGAGUUGAUCGAGGUGGUCCCCUCAGCCCAGUCGUUCUCCAUAGAGGGUGGCCAGAGCCAGAGCAGGGGCCUGGCAGGGCUCCGGGGGUCGCGGCCCAUCGUCAGCCGAGAUCUGGAUGACACCAAGCUUAAGAAAUCCCUCUCCCUGCUGGAGGAGGGUAAACCUGAGCGCCUGGAUCAGGACAGCCCUGGGGUCGGGGAACCAGGGAAAGAACCCAGUGCUCCUGGUGCUGACUCAAACUCUAAUCCCUUCACUGAAGUAAUCCCAGAAACAGUGGUGAGUCGGGAGUUCCCACGCUGGGUCCAAAGCACAGACCCCCUGUACUACUUCCAGCACCGGCAGCGGGCCUCCAGUGAUGGUACCAUGGAGGUGCGUGCCCUGCUGACCUGGAGCCUCAACCCCCAGCUAGACAAUGAUGCUCUGUUCAGCUGUGAGGUUAAACACCCAGCCCUAUCCAUGCCCAUGCAGGCGGAGGUUACUCUGGCGGCCCCUAGGGGCCCUAAACUGUCAAUGAGCCCCAGUAGGGCCAAGGUAGGAGACACUGUCCGAAUCACAGUGCAGGGAUUCCAGGUAGGAUCAUCUGGGAACGAGGUGUUCCCAGAGCCUCUGUUUACCUGGACCAAGGUGGGUGGCCCUCUGUUGGACGGGAGAGAACAGCAUGAUGGGAGGCAGCUGGUGCUGGACCGAGUACCGGCCGAGCUCAAUGGCUCCAUGUUCCGCUGCACGGCCCAGAAUCCUCUUGGCUCAACUGACACACACACGCGUCUCAUUGUCUUUGAAAAUCCAAGGCUUAAGAAGGGAAAGCAGACAUUUCCUGCUGAUGCUGCAUGCUGUAAGGCGAUGAUGGGACUGAAGACCAUGCUGCUGCUUCUGCUGAGCCUCAUACUGGAGAUGACAUGAUUGAAAACUGCAUGUGCAUACUCUUUCAGCCUAUACUUAAUUCCCAAACCAACACCUUGCCUCAGCCCACCACAGAGAAUUCCUUCCAGCCAAAUAGAAGGUGAAGUAGCAUUAUAGUUGGAACCUGUUUGUUGUAACUACUGGAUCUUGUCAGAUCUAGGAGUGUUAAGGGCUAGUGGUUAGGACUUGAUAUGGAAUUCAGUAUUAUCCCUAUCUGCUGAUGUUUCCACCCCAUCGGCAUAAGGCAGGUCUGACUAAAAAGUACAACAUCCAUUCAAAAUUCUGAGCAAGCCUGUUGUCAUACUGCCUCAAGGAUUAACUAUAUGGCUUUUGGCCUACUAUUGUAUGAGCUCACAGUAUUAGCGGUUCACAGAAGUCUUCUAAAGACUCAGCCUCACAAGCCAAAAUAUAAACAGCAUGUCCAUCCUAAGAUAUCCUGAUAACCAAAAGGUUUUCUGGGUAUAAAAUAUAUCCUCCCCUUUCUAAUCAAUAUCCCACAAACACUUUUCCAAUUCCAAACUGUGGUACAUUCAUGAUGACUAUAAGAACAGUAGUAUUAUGUCUAAAGUGUCAUAGAUGUAUUUUUAUUUUCUUCCAUUCUUUGAGAUGUUGUGGGCUGGCCCACAGCUCAUGUUCUCUCCCAUCCUACUAUUUGAACAUCGGGACACAGAUUGCUUGUUUUGCAAUAGUGGAUCAUUAAGAACUUAAAUAAAAAUUUAAUUAAGUGAAUAUAA